GCCUCCUCGAUCGCGAGGUCCAAGUGCUAGGAUCUAUUCUCUGGCUUGAAACGCUGUGACGCUUACUUCCCAGCCGAGAUCAGCAUCGAUCGAGUGAGGUCUAAUCAUGGCCAGAGAACCCAGAACAAGGUCAUAUAUCGGGGCAUUUCCCUCUCAAGGCCGUGCUGAGAAGUCCUUUCGACGGCAGUUCGCCUCUGCCUUCUGCGCCCCAGGGCUGUUCUUCUCAAAUCCAAACACCCUCAACUGCUAACUCAAGAUGCAUUCAUCAACACUCCUCGCCCCCGUACUCCUCCUGACCUCCGUUUCUGCCCUCCCCUCCCCAGCCACCCUCAGCACCGAAUCGGAACCACUCCCCCUCAUCAUCUGGCACGGCCUAGGCGACAACUACGCCGCCGAUGGCCUGGCCGCCGUGGCCGAGCUAGCCAGCGAAACAAACCCAGGCACUUUUGUGUACCAGAUCCGACUCGACGAAGACGCAGGCAGCGACCGGACGGCAACCUUCUUCGGAAACACGACAGACCAGAUCGCGCAAGUAUGCGCCGACCUCGCAUCACACCCUAUACUGUCUACCGCACCCGCCGUCAACGCCCUCGGUUUCUCCCAGGGCGGUCAGUUCCUGAGGGGCUUCAUUGAGCGCUGCAAUGUCCCGCCUGUGCGGAACUUGGUCACGUUUGGAAGUCAACACAACGGGAUAGCAGAGUUUCAAGCAUGUGGCGCAACAGACUGGCUAUGUAAGGGCGCGAUGGCAUUACUACGAACGAACACAUGGUCGAACUACGUGCAGUCGCAUCUCGUGCCGGCGCAAUACUACCGCUCCUGCAAUACGAGCACCGGGGAGCCGACGGAGGAGUACUUGGAGCACUCGAAUUUCCUGGCGGACAUUAACAACGAGCGCGCUAUAAAGAACGAGACGUAUGCGAAGAACCUGGCGAGCUUGGAGAAGUUUGUCAUGUAUCUGUUUGAGGACGAUACGACCGUUAUCCCCAAAGCGUCCGGGUGGUUCGCGCAGGUGACGAACCUAACGUCUGGGGUUGUGGAGCCAUUGCGGAAUCGGACGAUAUAUAAAGAAGAUUGGAUUGGGUUGAAGAAGUUGGAUGAGAAGGGAGGACUAGUCUUCAAGGAGACGGAAGGCGGACACAUGCAAUUGACCGACAAGGUGUUGAUUGAUGUGUUCAAGACCUAUUAUGGUCCAGUCCACGGGAAAUCGAAAGAGCUCACGGUCCAAAAGGAAGGAGGCCAGAUCGAGCUGUGAAAGCGAGAUGUACUGGAACGGUUAGGAGUUGGAGUCAGGGGCUUUGCAUCAUGCUUGAGGACAGCCCGGCACGAAAUGUAUAGUCAAUGUGUAUGAAGAUGGGAAGAGAAUGAACAGUAUUUCUACCUCACAGUUGCCAUGAUAUCGUAUCCAUAACGCCAUUUUCCGACAAACCUAGCCGUGGAACACACUACGCCGCCAC